AUGAAGUCUGAUACUACAGAAACAGCUUUUAUACUACCAAUAAAUGAAGCAAGACCAACUUAUGUAUUAUAUCCACGUCGAUUUUAUAUUUUAUUUAUUUUUUCAUUUCUUGCUUUUAAUCAAUGUCUUAUGUGGUUAACAUUUUCACCAAUUGCAAGAAGUACAGAAAUUUAUUAUCAUAUUGGUGAAUCUACUGUUGAUCUUCUUCUUAAUUGGGGAUCGAUUAUUUUUAUUCCAUGUUUACCAUUAACUUAUAUACUAUUGAACAGACGGCAUGGCCUUCGACACUGUGUUAUAUUGCUUGCAAUCGGUAAUUUUAUCGCAGCACUCGUUCGCGUUAUUCCUGUAGUUGUAACAAAACCAUCAAGUCCAAAUUUUACUUCCAUUGCUUUACCAUUUUUACAUAUCGGUCAAAUAGUAAAUGCUGCUUGUGGUCCACUAGCUUCGGCACCUGUUUCACAACUUUCUUGUCUUUGGUUUGCUCCACAUGAACGAACACGUGCAACAACAUUUGCUAUAUGUCUUAGUAAUUUUGGUGCAACUGUUGGUUUUGUUAUUAGUCCAUUUAUUGUUUCUUCACCUGAUUAUGUUCCUCAUCUUCUUUAUGUUCAUUUAGGUCUUGCAUUUAUUUCUUGUGUAUUUGCUCUACUCUAUUUUCCUCCACAACCACCAAGUGCACCUUCAGCAGCAGCUGAAUUACUUAUUCUUCAUUCGAUUAAUAAACAAAAUAAUAAUUCAUUGAAAACAUUCAUGAAUGAUAUUUGGCGAUGCUUAACAACACCUUCAUUUGUGCUGCUCACAGCAGCUAGUGGUACUCUUUCCGGAUGGUUUGGUUUUGGUUCAUCAAUAGCUGGAAUAAUUGGUGGUUUAUGUUUAAGUUUUCUUGCUGAUAAACGUCGUUUUCAACAUUCGUUAAAAGUUCUUAUUGUUACUUCAUUUGUCGGUUGUUUAAUAUCGAUUGUUUGGUUUCAAUUAUCUGUUCGUACAUUUUUCUAUGAUAAACCAAUUCUUCCAUCAACUGCUGUUACUAUUGGUUUAUCAAUUGCAUUAGCUGGUCUCUUUUUUGGUGCUGGUUCACCAUUGAUAUAUGAAGCUAUUGCUGAAAUAAUGUUUCCUUUGCCAGAAUCUUUAUCAGCAUCAAUUCUUGUUCAAUGGGUUAAUAUUACCGCACUUAUUCUUUUAUUUAUUGCACCUAAUCGAUAUAAAUUAAUGAAUUUACUUGUAUUAAUUGUUAUAAUUACUUGUAUUGUAAUGGUAUUAUUAGCACGAUUUUCUUAUAAAAGGCGUGACGAAGAUGAACGAAAACGACUCCAAAAAGAACAAGAUCAAAUAUUAGGUCAUGACUGUUAA